UAGCAUGCAUCAUGAUCUACUUCGUGAAAGAACUAUCAACCGACAACUACGGCAUCCCAUGGACAUUCAUCCUCGUACGUCCCACACCUCUUCAGCCUUCCCCGAAGCCUCCACUAACUCCCACACAGCUCCUCGCAGUCUCCCUCCUAACAGUCCUCUCCCUCGCAACGACAAUCGUCCUCCACUGUCUCUACGGCCUCAGCCCACUCCUCAACAUCGCCCUCAACUCCAUCCUCCUCGCGGUUUGGGCCGUCGGAUUCGGUAUGCUAUCCUGGUGGAGCUCGGGAACAUUGAAACAUGUCUGCAACAUGAGCAACUGGGACAGCGAUGUCGGCGUGGCGAUUUGUCGGAUAUAUAAAGUGCUGUUCAGCUUCGCCCUGUGCGGGCUUGUCGCGACCUUGGGGGCGUUGGUAUUGGAUGUUAGGGUUUGGAGGACGGCGGGUGCGAGGGGGAGGUUUACGGCGUUGGGGCGUGGGGAUGGGAAAGGGAUGAGGGUGGAGGUUGUGGGUGGUGCGGAUGGUGAUGGUGAUGGUGGAGGAGUUGAGUUGGGUGCGGCGGAGAAUGCUGGGAUGGUGGGUGGAAGGCUUGGGCGAGGUGGGAGGGAGGGAUAUGCGGUGCCACUUGAACAGUUUGAUCAGGAGGAUUCUAGUUACUAUGGUGCAUCGAGGAGGUGAAGAGAUUGGUGGUGAAAAGAGAGAAUACCACAGGUUAGAAUAGAACUUCGAAAGGCGCCCUAGGAUCAACGAUUGCAAAGGAUAAAAAUAUGAGAUUUAUGUUUUGAAGUUAAAAGCUCAAAACUUCAUACAAAUAAAAGGAAAAGGAAACCGCCUGGUAUAAAUUUACUCAAUAAUCAAAGUCUU